GAUGUAUAUAGUAGAAAAAUAAAACAGAGAGAAAGUGCAUUCGAGAAAAAAUUCCCAUAAUUUUCAUAUGUACGGGAAUCUUUUCCCUAACCCGAGUUUGAGUGUGAAAGCCCCAUUUUCUUUUCAUUAUCAAAAACUAACAGGUCUAUAAAUAGAAUCUUCUUCCAACGCUGCUUAUUCACGCAACUGAAAAAGAAAAGCCUUCCACUAUUCCAUAUAUAGCAGCCAAAAAAGAAUGAAGAAUACUGCGUUGUUCACUAUCUUUCUACUCCUUGCUUUCACCUCAUACCUACCUUCAGCCACCGCUGCUAGUGUGUACGAUACGGAUGGUAAUAUUCUUCAAAAGGGUCGCACAUAUUUUGUGUUGGCAGCAACAAGAGAAAACGGCGGUGGAAUAGAAUUUGCCGCAACUGGAAACGACACUUGCCCUCUAACUGUCGUGCAAUCUCCCAGUGGCGACUCUAUUGGGUUUCCAAUAAGGUUUUCAUAUCCAUUUAUAGAAACGCUUGAUGAUAUCCUUGAAGGCUUUGGUUUGGAGAUUCGUUUCGCUUAUCGACCGCCGUGUAGCCCCAGUUCUAUAGCCACUACUAAGUGGACUAUCGUCAAUGAUGCUGUUAAGCUUACUAAAACUUCAUCAUCGAUAAUACCCGGUUUUUUUUAUAUUUGGAGGGCUUCACCUAACUCUGAGGACUAUAAGCUUGAGUUCUGUGAUCUUGACAAUAUCAAAUGUGGGGAUGUUGGGAUUCAUACCGAUGAUGAUGGGAGCAGGCGUUUGGUGAUCACUCAGAACGAUCCAUUACUAGUUCACUUUCAGAAUACUAGAUCAUCAUCUGCAUGAAUUAAGGCACCACUGGCAUAGCACUGAAAAAAAAAUUGGUGCUUUUUUCUUCUAGUGAGAGACUAGUAUAAGACUUAAAUAAAUGCUUUGGUUGUAAUAGCAUUAUUGUAUGACUGCAUAAAAUAAUCAUAGCUUAUGCCUUAUGUUGUUGUAAUUUAA